AUGAAAGCGUUAAUUUCCACACCAUAUACUCAAAUAUACUUCUACAACUGCACUUUAUUUUCUCAUAAUUUCAUGGUUGAACAUGAAUAAAUUAGUGAAAGUCAAUAAAAAUCUCUCUGUAUUUAAGCUGUUCAUAAUGUCAACUUCCUUUACCUCUUUCUAUAUUGUAAAUGUUUUGACAAUGUAAAAGAUGCCACAAAGAAUUCCAGCAAUUCAUCCCACUCACGUUCAUGUUAAAACCAAUAGAAAAAUAACCACUUGGUGAGUUUUCUAUUACCUAAAAGAGAGUAUAUAAUAAGGAGAGUUUCACAUUGAUCUCUCAUUGUAUCUAACAAAUAAUAAGAUUCAUCAUGAAUGUGUUAAGCAACAAAUGCUUAGUAUUUAUUCUGUUAUUAUCUGUAUUUGUAUCAUCAUGUGUGAGUGUGACGUCGACUAAGGUGGAAUCUCAGACAUGCUCAACCCGGAGGAGUCCUUGUUUUCUCAAGAAACUACCAUGUCCUGCUCAAUGCCCUUCAAAAUCACCAGCCAACCCAAGAGACAAAAUUUGCUAUCUUGAUUGUGAUUCUCCUGUGUGCAAAACUCAAUGCAAGAGUCGCAAACCAAAUUGUAAUGGUCGUGGAUCUGCAUGCUUAGACCCUCGAUUCGUUGGUGCGGAUGGCAUUGUUUUCUAUUUCCAUGGAAAAAGGAAUGAGCAUUUCAGUUUGGUAUCUGAUGUCAACCUUCAAAUCAACGCUCGUUUUAUCGGCCUUAGGCCGAAAGGGAGACCAAGGGAUUAUACUUGGAUUCAAGCAUUAGGAGUUUUCUUUGAUUCUCACAACUUUUCUGUUGAGGCCACUCCAUCUACAAUUUGGGAUGAUGAAGUUGACCAUUUGAAGCUCUCUUAUGAUGGAAAGGAACUCGUAAUCCCAGAAGGCCAUCUUUCUACAUGGCAAUCUGAGGAAAGUCAACUUAGAGUCGAGAGAACCUCGAACGAGAACGGUGUAAUGGUUACAAUUCCAGAAGUUGCUGAAAUAUCAGUCAAUGUGGUGCCGGUGACCAAGGAGGACAGUAGAAUUCAUAACUAUCAGAUUCCCCAUAAUGAUUGUUUUCCUCAUUUGGAAGUACAGUUCAAAUUCUAUGGUUUAUCGUCUAAAGUUGAAGGUGUUCUUGGUAGAACUUAUCAGCCUGAUUUUCAAAAUCCGGCGAAACCAGGCGUGGCAAUGCCGGUUGUUGGAGGGGAAGACAAGUAUAGAACCACGUCGCUUGUUUCUGCCAACUGUAAUGCUUGUAUAUUCUCUUCUGCUAAAGAUUCUGAGCAGAAAGGAUUGGAGAUUAUUGAAUAUGGUAUGAUGGACUGCACUGGUGGUGCCAGCAGUGGUAAUGGUAUAGUUUGCAGAAGAUAAAUCUGGUAGUUUCCAUUGUUUUCCUUUAAUAAUUGAACAUAUUCUAAGAAAAAGUAUCUGUGAUGUGCUCAGUAACUAAAAGUUAAUGUUUUGUAAUCAUAUUAUCUGAUUAAUAAGAAGUAUAAUAAUUUGUU